AUGAAUGAUGCUCAAAGUAGUCUGCCUCCGUUCAUCGCGAAAACCUACGAAAUGGUCGAUGAUCCGUUAACUGAUACGAUCGUAUCAUGGAGUCACAACGAUCGGAGCUUCAUCGUUUGGAACCCACCUGAGUUUUCCGGCGAAUUGCUUCCAAGAUACUUCAAGCACAAUAAUUUCUCGAGCUUCAUCAGACAACUCAACACAUAUGGUUUUCGGAAAAUCGAUCCAGAACAAUGGGAAUUUGCAAACGAAGACUUCAUUAGAGGUCAACCACAUCUCUUGAAGAACAUCCAUAGAAAAAAGCCCGUUCAUAGUCAUUCGAUGCAGAACCUCUAUAUCCAUGGAGCUUCUUCAUCUUCUAUCGCUUCUCCAUUAACCGAAUCAGAAAGAAUUCGAUACAACGAGGAGAUUUACAGGCUGCAUUACGAGAAACAAUCGUUAUCAUUAGAGUUUCAAACGCAGCAACAAGAACAAAAUGAGAUCGAAUCAACGGCACGUAGGUUGACGGAGCGGUUAAAAGCCGCCGGAAAAAACCAAAAAGAUCUCCUCUGUGCUUUGGAUCAAAUUCUGCAAAAACCAUUGAAUACAUGCGAUUUUACUCCUCAAGUCCCCGAUAAUAACGAUCGUAAGAGGCGACUUUCGGCUGAACCUCACAACGAUCAGUCAUGUCCUUGUAACAUCCCAAUCUCUGAGACGCUAACUACAAACACCCUUUUGGCGUUAGAUCUAGAAUUGGUGGAGCAAUUAGAAUCUUCUCUGAUGUUUUGCGAGAAAUUAUUGACGGAAGUUCAGGAGACUGUUGACCGGAAAAACUGGCUGCCGGAGUCAGAGCACGAACCUGCAAGUUCUGAACUGAAUACAGCGGCCGGAAGCAAAGAAGAAGAAGGAAGUGGGAACAGGGGGAUCGAGCAGGUGAGUGUUAAUGAUGGGUUUUGGGAACAGUUUUUGACUGAGAAUCCUGGUGGUUCGACGACGGAGAAUGACCGGAGGGGAUUAGAUCAGUAUGGGAAGUUUUGGUGGAGUAUGAGGAGUGUAAAUAGUCUUGCGGAUCAAAUGGGGCACCUUGCUCAAGCAGAAAGAACAUGCAAUUCUGGCCGCAAUAACUCGGUAUUUAUGGUUAUUGUGGUGGUUCUUAUCAUCGUUUUCUCAACAUCCCACGACUCCGUCUUCUCAUCCUCUAUCUCCGUUUCAAUUCCUCCUCCACGCUUCCAACAAUGUUCUGGAACAAAAAUCAAAAAGUUGAAGGAGUCAAUUCCAGGAGUUAUUGCGUAUGUGGGGGAAGAAGUUAUCGACGCCUCACUCAACUUACUCUCCUCCAAUUUUAGAUGUUCUUCACCUAUAAAGAAAGGCAAAAUGGAAUCUGGUGGCUAUCCUAUCUUCCUCCUUUUUACAGAAUCUCACUUGAUAGUCAAUCAUUCGACAACACUUGAAAACAAUUUGGAAAACCAAAAAAUCACUAAGGUUGAUCAAUUUGUAUUUAAAGAGUUGGAACUGCGGUGUCUAAAUGCUUGA